AUGUUGAUGAAUUUCUUGACUGUGGCGAGCUUUGCUGCUGCGGCGUUGGCUCAUGGGGAUCAUGAGAGUCAGGUUCCGAUUGCUGGUCCUCAUAAGGCGUUGUGGUAUAAUACCUUGCCUGGUGAUGGGGGAACCCAGGUAGGUUUCUUUGGGUCUGUCGAUGGUUUUGUAAUCCAAUUGACAUUUAUUCAGGCCGAUUCGGUGUUUUCUGGGAUCUCGACUUUUGGUCGGCUGCCUUACUUACCAUGUCUGGCAUCCGAUGAAGUGAAGUAUGAUAUUGCGUUCAUCGGUAUGUCCAAGCUUCGUUUUUGCUCCCGGGAAUACUUGAUAUUGAUAAUGACUGUUUGCAGGAGCUCCAUUCGAUACAGGAACUUCGUAUAGACCAGGGGCUCGUUUUGGCCCAUCCGGAAUCAGACAAGGUUCUCGACGCCUCAAUCUCUAGUCAGUUUUUCCUCCAAACAGCAUAGAAGCUGAUUUCGUCCUUUGAUCGGAAACACAGGCUCACGUAGAAUGGGAAUUAGCGGAGGGUAUAAUGUGCCGUUGGCGACGAACCCGUUUAAUAGCUGGGCUACCAUCUUGGAUUGUGGAGAUAUUCCUGUGACUUCGUAAGCUAUGGGUUUGUUGGGAAUAUGGAGAAGUGCUGAUGGUGUGAUUGCAGAUAUGAUAACACCUGGGCUCUGACUCAAAUCGAGGAAGGCCAUCAUUCGAUUCUUACUCGCAACCCUGCUACGGAUGCGAAGAAGAAAGGGCCCGCGAAGAAUGAUAAGACUCUUCCUCGGGUUAUCACACUUGGUGGAGACCAUACUAUCACACUGCCGUUGCUGCGUUCCAUCAAUCGUGCGUACGGUCCCGUUUCAGUCAUCCACUUCGAUUCCCAUCUCGAUACCUGGAAACCAAAGGUAUUCGGAGGUUCCCCAAGCAAAGUGGCGAGUAUCAACCAUGGUACCUACUUUUACCACGCUGCACAAGAAGGUCUUCUUGCAAACGAUAGUAACAUCCAUGCUGGAAUCCGAACCACUCUAAGUGGACCAAGUGAUUAUGAGAAUGACGGGUACUGUGGAUUUGAAAUCGUGGAGGCGAGAGAGAUUGAUACCAUCGGUAUGGAAGGUAUCAUCAAGAAGAUUCAUGAUAGGGUUGGUACUACCAAGCCCGUCUACCUCUCCAUCGAUAUCGAUACCUUGGAUCCAGCAUGUAAGUACAACAUACCCACCCAUCGCUUGAAUUUCUGCACUGUGCUGCAACACACCUCGGAAGCAAGCUAAUACGGGAUCGCAUAGUUGCACCUGCAACUGGUACACCAGAAACCGGCGGGUGGUCAACUCGUGAACUUCGUACGAUUCUGAGAGGCUUGGAGGGUAUCAACCUUAUUGCUGCGGAUAUCGUGGAGGUUGCACCGGCUUACGAUACAAAUGCUGAACAUACCACGAUGGCUGCUGCGGAUGCUUUGUAUGAGGUUAUGAGUUUGAUGGUUAAGAAGGGGCCGUUGAGUAAUAUGGUGAAGAGUGAGGAGGAGGGGAGAGAUGAGAUGUAGAAACAUAAGGGAGUAGGUAAUGAAUUGGGGAAAUGUUUAUAUAGAGAUAAUGAGUGAGAAGGAAAGGGCGGAUUUUCGCAUGUUGCAGUUG